AUGUCUGCACCGAUGAUAAUUGACCCUAUGGUGAUAUCGGCACCAGAAACUCAAUCAGCAGCUAGCAUACUAGUUGCACAAAGUGAGGUUGAAUUUGCUGUGUGUGACUGUUGUGGACUAACAGAAGAGUGCACCCCAGCCUAUAUAGAGAGAAUCAGGGAGAGGUACCAUGGAAAAUGGGUUUGUGGGUUGUGUGCUGAGGCUGUUAAAGAUGAAAUUGUGAGGUCUGAGAGGCUUGUUAGCACAGAAGAAGCAAUGGCAAAGCACAUGAACUUCUGCAAAAAGUUCAAGGCAUCAGGACCUCCUCCGAAUCCAACAGUGCAUUUGAUAUCAGCUAUGAGACAAAUUCUUAAAAGGAGUUUGGAUUCUCCUAGAGUAAGAUCCACACCAAAUAGUCCAACUAAGACUAUCACAGAAAUUCAUGCUUCUGUGCUUACAAGGUCUGAGAGCUGCUUCCCUACCCUCACUGAAGGGUUGGGAUGA